CUCAGUGAUGCAAGUGCCCCCAUCAAGGUCCAGACGCUGGGACUGCCAGGGCGAGAAAAGACAUCUCAGGCCCGGAUGAUGUGGGACAUACUGGAAGCCCUCCUGAUCCCUAUCGUCGCCAUCCUGUGGACUUUAGAAUGGCCCUGCUCUGACGGGGGCUUCACGCUCCUCUUCCUUGUGCUGCUCUUCUGGCAGCUUCAUAGGGGCCACAUUGGAUUAUGGAAGAAGCAGGAUGAGAUCCACAACCUGAGAGAUCCGAUUCCAGCCCACAUCCCCGCUCACCACACUGCUUCUGGCCUGCCUCAGCAUUUCCUGAAGGACAUACUGGAAAACCCACCCAAUAAAGCUUGGAGGCUGUGCCAAGAACACACCAAGAAUCACGUGGAGGACCUGCAUCUCCUGAAAAGAUACCUGGAGUCAGAAAACCACCAUUUCCAGAAGCACAGCUCACGGUUUAACACCUCUAAAUCAGCUAAAUGUACCUGUAGUUCAAGGAUACCGAUUCUCCCUGUAGAAGAAGGGCUUCCAACUCUGCAGCUGGAGGAGGAGAGUCAUCCGUACCAGGAGCUGGGCUUUCCACACUCUGGCCACACAGGGUCAGAGAGACCUACAGAAGAGGCCCACAUAGACAGGGAACAUACCUCCUUUAAGCUGUGGACUGAAUCUGAGGCCUCGCCCAUGGGAACGGUAUCCCCCCUCCAGCCCCCUCUCCUCAGCCCCAAGACCCAAAGCCUCCUGGAGAACCAUCUGAAGCGCGUCCACCAUUUCCAGAAAUGGGGGCUGCCCAACAGGGUCGAGAAUUCCCUGAGUCCGAGGAUCCCCAAGAUUCCUGACCAGCCAGUCCCCUGGCAGAGGGAACCAAAAGAAUCGGCGCCUCCAACCCAGGGGCAAGGUAACCUAGACAGACUCAGUCUGGAGGAGGAGACAGAGACUGUGCCCUCUCGUGAUCCUGGGGUUCAGCCCAUCCCGGGCUCUUCGGACUGCUGUAUAAUCUCUCCUCGACCCUCAAAGGCCAGAGCAGCUGGUCAGCACCAGAAUCAGAUAUCCAUCAACACCGGCGAUCUGGCCUUUGUCCCCAAUGACACCAAGGAGUUACUGGAGGGCAACAUCAGGAAAAUGAUCAUCCAACAGAGGUGGGGCCUGCCCAAGCGCAUCAUGGAGGCCCGAAGACAGUUUUCACACCUGACAGGAGGCUGUGAUGCCCAAGAGAAAUAUACAAAGCCCAGAACUUCCUCGAGGCAGAACUCUGUCCACCAAAUGUCCAGCUACACGGGGCUCACACUUCCCAAGGACUCUAAAGGAGAGGUCUUAGAAGGGACCAACGAUGCCAUAAGAGUUCUAAUGCCUGAAGACUCCCGCAGGCUGAAAACUCUGAACCGAGGGAAGGAGGCCCUAGAGCGGCACAUGGCCCAAAAAUCCCAUCAGCUUAGACAAGGAGAAAUCCCCUCAGAAGUGAACGGUGGUGGGGAUGACACCAAGACCUCACCAACACUAGACCCUCUCUCCUUGCCAGGCCCCCCACCUCUCUCGGAUCCCAGGAAUCUGGGCCCCAUCAUGGCAUCCUCCCCACCUCCAGACCUUCUAGAGACCAGACCUCAGAAGCCGGAACAGAGAUUUACUUCAUCUCUGACGCUAAGACUGAAGCCCAGACCGCGAGAGCAACAAUUCCUGGUUAAAACCUCGGGCUUGUCUGAAGAAUCGAUUAAGAACUUGGAAUCUGUCUUGAAGCAGAAGUACCUGGAUUUUGUGACUGGGUUUUGCCUGCUUUACAAUAUGGCCAUGUCCAAUGCAGUUCCAUCAGCAGUCCUUUCCCGGAUGCCAGGGAGCACAGGGAACAAGCCCACCCUGGACAACCACCAUCCAGAUCACAGCGUGACAGAGGAGCCGAAGAGGGAGAAAUCUGAAGAGCUAAAACUCUCCCCAACUGUGGCCUCCCAAGAGGCUUCACUGGACAGCAAGGACCAUUGCCAGGACAUGGAAGUUAGAGACCCCUGGCCUGCCAGCCAAACUGCCCAGGUCUUGGGGCAGGAGAGCAAGAGGCCAGGUCAGCUGUGUACGUGCUCCUCCAAGACAUCGCUCUGCCCACCCGGGGUGGCAGGAGGCUUGGGGGCUCCCACAGUGGUCCAGGGGAGGAAGAAGAAUGUUGGCCAAGGCCACAGUAGAGACCCUGUCUCUGCCCUGGAGGCAAGGGGUAUGGCAUACACCCAGUCCAGUGGCCCUCAGGUUUCCACCUCAGGCCCAGCGAGGGACAGCAGGGGCUGCCAGACGAUGCCCAGAGCCAUGAUUUCUGAUAAGCUGAAGUUGUGGUUUGGCUCCAUUGGUAGAGGUCAGCAGGCGGGCAUCAGUGCCAGGGCUCAGCUGACAGCUGCCUCAGGGGAGCCAAAGAAGAAGAGCUCUGCCUCUUCCCGGAACCCCAAGCCGCUCUUCCCCCCGGGUCCCUCUACCCUGCAGCCAGGAUUCUCCACCCUGCUGGCCCGUGGGCCUCGCCCCACACAGCCCCAGACAUCAUCUUUGGGAUAUCUUCACGGGCCCAGGGCCAAAUAGGCCCGGGACCCCCAAAACUCUGCCAGAAGAUCAAGGUCCAUCUGAGGCUUUACUGGACUCACAACGGCCCAGUCAUCAGUUUCGUUCACAAGCCUGAUCUUCUCGAAAAUAUACUCUUCCUGCAGAUGA